UAUAGAUACCAGCUGUCACUGACACCAUGGCAACGGACGGCCGUUACAUAAAAGCUGAAAACGCAGCUCUGGAGCCAUGGCGAUGUUUGGAAAGGUUUUGGAGCCUGUGGGCUACAUGCAAACCGUGAGGGUCCUGGUCCAGGGGAUAUGCUCCUAUCUGGGAGGAAGCGCCACAGCAGAGGAGACUGAGUUGGCCAAGAAGAACCUGGACAACAUCGAUCAGGAGCUGGGAGCGUCGGGUCACGGCCUGCUGGACGAUAAGGAGGUCCAUCAGCUGGAGGAUGACCUGGCAGUGGUCUACUACCAGCUAGGCACAGCGGUGAGAGCUCAGUCAGAGUUCACCAAGAAGGAGACAGAAGUGUUCCUGCAGUAUGCGCAGGACUACCGGCUGGAGAGGCAGCUGACAGCGCUCUACAACCGUAUGAUGGGAGUGUCGGCGCUGACCGACCAGCCCACGCUGCUGGAGGAGGUCAUACUGAGCCGCAAGCCCAAACGCUGGGAGCUGAGAGAGUUCUGCGUCAAGGUAAACUUUGUCCUGGGCACAGGUCUGCUAUGCCUCUUCACACAGGCUUCUCUGACAGGUAGAGAUCAGGCUCUGCUGAUGAAGACCUGGUCUGACCGUAUGGGUGCUCUCUACAGGAAGAUGAAGAACACAGGAGGCCGCUGCUUAGGCUACUUUCUGCAACAGGCGGAAGAGGAUGUACGGCAGCAGCUCCAUGAGGCUGUGCAGAACCGUGCACCCCCUGAGGAGGCAGCAGGGAGCAUCCUGAAGACCCUGGAGAAGAACUAUGAUUGGCUGCGCUGGGCGGUGAUGCUCCACCCUGCUGUGGGACCCAUAGAAGAUGAGAAGGACGAGGAGACGCAGGAAGAAAAGGAGGAGGAAGAUGCACCGGCAGAAGAGAAGCUCAACAAUUUCCUUUCUGUGGCAUCUGAACCACCAAUUCCCCAUGUGGUGGCGUGCUACCGUGACACUCCCACUUCGCUGGACAAGAGUCGCAUCCACCAGCUCAUCGUGGACCUGGAGUGGAAGAUCCCCAACCCACCACCCGAGGUGUAUGCUUCCAUUGAAGAAGACCCAGGCAGAGCGCGGCGUUACCUGGCUUCACGCAUGCUGAAGAAGCUGCAAGAGGGGCUGGGAUCUGGUGUGGCUGUCCACGUGGUGCCAGGCAGGAUGGAGAUGAAGUGCAACUUCCCUUCAGCCUCCUACUACCUCUAUGAGUACAAACACCGGCUGGCCUCAGGCACCGUGUGUGUGUUUGGAUGAAAGAGAAAGGGAGAGGAAACAACCUGCUGU